CAGGGGGCGCCUAGCAAGGACGGGUAGCUUGGGCGCUUAACAAUUGGGGGAACUUCUGUUGGAGCAGGGCCAGGCCGGAAGCCCCAGAGCCUAGGAGGUGGCGCGGGAGCACUCCCCGCCCUGGCAACGUCCGCCAUCGCGACCCGCAUCGCGACCCCCUGCGCAGCCAGAACGCCAGCACCCGAGGGGGUCUAGGAGCAUCCGGGUAUCUGAGGCCUCGGGAGAGGUGAAGGGCCUUAGAGAAGGAAACGGCUGCAGUGCCCCAGUCCGUCCACCAAGCUAGGAGCGCGAGUACUUGUGAAGCGCCGGAUUAAGGCAAGCGCGCCAGCAAAGCGCUCCGCAGCUGGGACCCCCUGCCCAUUUGGUUUGGGAAUUCACCAGGAGGAGGCUGUUCAUUCCAUCUCGUAUAACCACAAUGCUGACUGCCCGCCUGUCUAGACCCCUGUCAAAGCUCCCAGGGAAAACCCUGAGUUUCUCUAACAGAGAAAAUGGAACAAGGUACACACUGCAGUUUUAUUCUGCGUCCUUCGUCCCUGUGGGUCAUCGUACUUAUGCCGAUGCAGUAAACCCAGUUGGCAGCAAAGCUGUGCUGGUCACCGGCUGUGACUCUGGAUUUGGGUUCUCCUUGGCCAAGCAUCUGCAUUCAAAAGGCUUCCUUGUGUUUGCUGGCUGCUUGAUGAAGGACAAAGGGGAUGUUGGAGCCAAGGAACUGGACAGCUUGAAAAGUGAUCGACUGAGAACUGUUCAGCUCAACGUCUGCAAAAGUGAGGAGGUAGAGAAAGUGGUGGAGAUUGUCCGCACGAGCCUGGAGGACCCUGAGAAAGGCAUGUGGGGCCUGGUUAACAAUGCAGGCAUCUCAACGUUCGGGGAAGUGGAGUUCACCAGCAUGGAGACCUACAAGGAGGUGGCAGAAGUGAACCUCUGGGGCACAGUGAGGGUAACAAAAUCCUUUCUCCCCCUCAUCCGAAGAGCCAAAGGCCGCAUCGUCAACAUCAGCAGCAUGCUGGGCCGCAUGGCCAAUCCAGCCCGCUCCCCAUACUGCAUCACCAAGUUCGGGGUAGAGGCUUUCUCUGACUGCCUGCGCUAUGAGAUGCAUCCUCUGGGUGUGAAGGUCUGUGUGGUGGAACCUGGCAACUUCAUCGCUGCCACGAGCCUCUAUAGCCCCGAGCGCAUCCAGGCCAUCGCUAAUAAGAUGUGGGAUGAGCUGCCUGAGGUGGUGCGCAAGGACUACGGCAAGAAGUACUUUGAUGAGAAGACCGCCACCAUGCAUACCUACUGCAACAGUGGUUCCACUGACACGUCCCCUGUUAUCGAUGCUGUCACCCAUGCCCUGACUGCUGCCAAGCCUUACACCCGCUACCACCCCAUGGACUAUUACUGGUGGCUGCGAAUGCAGAUCAUGACCCACUUGCCUGGGGCGAUCUCCGACAGGAUCUAUAUACACUGAAGAGUUUCCAGCUGGCCUCUGCCAGGAGCCCUGGUGGGAGGGGUGAGAAGGGAGGGAAGAAGGAGCUUGUACAGUUGCCUCUUCAUUACCCACUUGUGGGUAAUCCACCAUCCCUGGAGGACCCCACUACCAGUUUUAGUGUCAGCCACGGGGGUGGCCGGCCCAGGCCUCCUGGGUAGGGUUACAGAAUGGUGGGCGGGGCCCCUAUUCCUCGGGGCAAACAUGUUGCAUUUCUUUCUGGAGUUGAUUUCAUACAAAGAUUUUUGGGAAACAUCUUUAUAUUAAAAGCUGAUUUAUUAUAAAA